UACUAUGAUGUCUAUUAUUAACUUUAUGAUCUUUUGCCAUGGACGCAUGUUCUUUCACAAGACUGUAGAUGCAUCUGGUUGUACCCAAAAUUCAGAUUUUAUCUAUAAGAUUCUCAAAGAAGUGGUUGUUGUUGAGGUUGGGAUACAAAAUGUUGUUCAGAUUGUCACAGAUAAUGGUGCCAACUACAAGAAAGCUUGCAAGCUGCUCAUUGCUGAGUAUACUCACAUCACUUGGCAACCAUGUGCUGCUCACACAAUUAAUUUGAUGUUAAAGGACCUAGGGCGUUUUCCUCUUAUUGAGCAUGUAGUGGACAGUGCAAAGAAAUUUUGUAGAUUCUUGUAUAACCAUAAUAGGUAAUGACUAGUAUAAUUGAGAAACUUAGAUGCUGAAUAUAAAUGUGCUGUGUAAUGACUCUUAUGCUUGCUUUCUGUUCAGGCUGCAUGCUAUGAUGAGAGAGAAGAUAGGAGGAGAGCUGAUUCGGUGGAACGCCACUAGGUUUGGCACGGUUUACCUAUUUCUUCAGAGUUUUUGGGAUAGGAAGGAUCAAUUUAAGUUAUGGAUGGCAUCUAAGGACUGGGAGGAUUGUGCAUGGGCUGGUGAAGAGGACCAUGAAUACACUGAGGCUUGUUUGUCCCAAAAGAACUGGUGGAAUGAUAUGGAGUUGGUGUUAAAAGCUGUCUCACCAAUAUAUACUGUCCUUCGGUUUGCUGAUCAGCAGAAAAAUGCUACUGUAUCUGGAUUUCUUGAAAAAAUGACACGUGCUGUAAAGGACAUAAGUACCAAUUUAAGUGACCGAAGACAUAAAGAUCUCCUUGACAGUUGGAAGCAAAUAAUCAACAAAAGGCUUCACUAUCUUCUUAAUGAUACUCUCAUAGUUGCAGCUGCUGCACUAGACCCAAAAACAAUUUAUACUACCAAGCUUUCAAAAAGUUCAAAAUGCAAACAUGCUGUAACAUUGGCUCUGAAGAAGCUUGCUCGUUCAUCUUCAAAGGCUUCCGCUGCAAUUGACCAAUAUAUCCUCUUUAGAAAGCAAGGAAAGUUAUUUGGAGGAGAAGAGGCUCGAAGGUCGGCCCUUAAUGGCCGUGUGAGUGCAGCUGAUUGGUGGGAUCAAUAUGGCGGGGACUACCCGGACCUGCAAUACUUUGCAAAGCGUAUUGUUUCACAAUGUAUGUCUUCUAGCGGCUGUGAAAGAAAUUGGAGCACCUUUGCCUUGGUUCAUACCAAAUUGAGAAAUCGUUUAAGUUAUGACAAGCUCCAUAAAUUAGUUUAUGUGCACUAUAAUUUGAAGUUGCGCAUCCAACUAUUUCAAGACGAAAUGCAAAGCCUUCAGGACAUGCAAUGCCAUCUUGAAUCAGAUUCUGAUCCUUGUAGCAUCUUGAUGGAUUGUGCUAUGUAUGAUGAAGACAACCCGAUCAUGGAUUGGUUGUGCAACUCUAGAAGUCAGUCAGUACCGACUCUUGAUGAAUAUGUUGAUAGUGAUCUUGACCUUGAACCACCCAAUCCUAGUGCAUUUAUUGUAGAAGAGUUGGGGAUGGACGAAGCAGAGGUGGCUGCAUUUAAGAAUGUUACUUUUCCCAAAAAACGUGGUAAGAAAAGAAGGUUAGCAUAUGAGGAAGAAGAGGAAGAAGAUUUUGCAGAUGAUGUUGAAUCAGAUUCUGCCCAAGGUAGCCCUACGUAUGUCGAGUCAGGGGACAGCAGCUCUGAUGAUGGAGGUGAUAAUGGUGAGUUUUCAGUUUUGAUUGUAUUCUCCACAUUCUUUGUAUUAAGUUUGUCAAGGCCACAUAUAUUCGAUCAAAAUGUUAUUUUUGUCGAAGGUCACGGUGAUGAUGGUGACAUUGGACGGGCUUGUGGUGAUGAAGAACCUGUUGGAGAUCCAAAUAAUGGUGGUGGUACAAAUGAGCUUUGA